CAACUUUCCAUCGAGUACGUGCCAAACAGAAUAAUUUAAGCUAUCUGACAUUAAACACUGUCAAUGCACUGUACAUUGUAAAUAUUUGAACUAACCUGAAUCUAAAUUUCUGCCAUCCUUGAGGGCAGAUUGCAAUCUGAAUUAAGAAACUUCUCGAGUGGCAAAUACAAUCGUCUUUAUUUGAGUUCUAAGAUAUCCAUCAAUUAUCAAGUAUAAAAUGAUGACAGUGUUCUGCAUGAUCCACAAUUCAUCAUAAUGCUGUCAGCAUACGUUCUUUUGACCACCCUAUUUGCAGUUAGCGUACGCGCUGAGCAGUGCCAGCUGGUUGAACCACCAUUCUCGUUUCUUGAAGCAGUUUUACAUGUGAUCGUGAAGACAUUGAAAGAGAUGUUAGAAAAUUGAGAGCUGAAACGUCAGGUCAAAAUUCUAAGUAUGCCACCGAGUAGAAAGGCAAAAAGUGCUGGGAAUACUUGGUACGCUCAACACCAAUAUGGAGAAGCUACAAUAAUGUCCUCAAAGUGCUACUCUAUUGGCUUCAACAUUCUUGAUGUGUCUUUACUCCACAAUUCGCUGAAUGCCCCAUUUACAUACUACGAUGAAUGCAACGUUAAGAAGACUGUCCAUUUCCGUUGCUACAUGAUAGGAAACAAAGCUAAAUACUACCUUGUAGUAAACAACAGGGAGCUCACAUAUAACCUGAUUGCCCAUAGUCCACUUAACUGCAGCAGUGACCCCUGGCUGGUACUAUACGCAUGCCAAGAAGGACGACCGGCAGCUAUCGUUUUCACAAAGGAGAAGAAGCGCUGCGAGAAGACGAUUGCUGAAGCGGUCAAGGCUGCGCAGAAAGUUGUAAAACUACCAUCAAACUCCACUGAUUUGCAAUGUAAUACAACAGAUUUGUAAUUAUCAUUAUUAACCACAUUGAUAAAGCAUUC